GCGCGCAUAUAUUAUUAGCGGGAAUAUAUAGUAACUUCAUUUCUACUUUCUGAUUGGUAACAAGAAUCAUUGAGAGAAUGAACUAGUGUAUUGGAGAAAUUGUCAUCACUUAUUUUCUUUUAUAAAACUGAAACUUCUUUUUUUAAAAGAAAACUACAACUUGCUGAUAUUUUAACAUACUAUAUUGGUAUAUAGGAAAAUAAAAGAAAUAAAAAAUCAAAGUAGAAGAACUGUUGGAAUACUUGUGGAAAAAGUCUUGUACCGUUAAAGAAUGGACAAACAAUGGAAGCAUCUACUGCUUAGCAUUCUCCUGGUAACCAGUAACAUCUGUCAAAUUGUCGGACAAAACUACGACGAAUCAACAGAUUUUGAUGAAUUCGAAUUGCCUGGUGCGGAAGGUUAUACAGAUAAUUUACAAAAGAGACUAAGCAAAUUUGUGCGAAUCGGUCGAGGCCUAAGUUCUUUCAUUAGAAUUGGAAGACAAGUUCCAUUUGAAGAAUUAGACUUUUACCAAUCUGCAGAUAUUCCACAUGCAAUUGAUAAUGAAAAUGGUGAUACCGACAAUAGUGCCUUUUUUGAACUGGAACCGGAAAAUAUUAAUAAACCUUCAAAACGACUAAGUUCAUUUGUACGAAUUGGACGGAAUUAUAACGGAGGAAAUGUACUUCCAGAAAACGAUGUUAAUAAACGUGCGGCAGCUUUCAUUCGCAUGGGUAAAUUUCCUACUUCCGCAUUUCUGAGGAAUCGCCCUGGAAGAGUUGAUGGUUACAAUUCGCAACCUUAUUAUCGUCGUACUGGUAGGAUUGGCCAUUCUUCAUUUAUUCGAAUAGGGAAAAGGGAUACCUCAGACGCUCUCAGACGCAUGUCCGAAAAUGAAAACCAGUAUGAAAAUGGAGAUUUGAUACAGCAGUUGAAAAAUGCACAGAGUGAUGAUGAAAUUGAAUCCAUACUCAAAACUGAUAACAGCAGAUAUCUUAAAAUUGGUAGGGACGUUGAAGAUGAAUCUAUUGAAAAAGGUAUAAAUGAAACUGAUAACAAAAGAUAUCUUAAGAUCGGUAGAGACGUUGAGGAUGAAUCCAGUGAAAAGGAUACUGAAAUCUCGUCGCUCGCAGCUGCACAGGAUGACAAAACGGUGGAAUCACUCGAUAAAAGACUGAGCAAUUUCGUUCGUAUCGGGAAAGGGGGUCCAUCACCUAUUGAAUAUCCAUACAACUGGCCGGACACACAACAACAAAAGCGAUUAAGCAAUUUUGUCAGAAUAGGAAGGAAUAGUGAUAACCUCGAUAAAAGAAUAAGUUCCUUCGUAAGAAUUGGAAGAGGACGGAACCUGGCAGAUGACAUCGCGAAACGCCGAGUCAGUUCUUUUGUGAGAAUAGGAAAGAAGUCCAAAACGAUUGAUCCAAAUACUGAACAGAGAACCAGACCACUUGUUGGAACAUUGAAAUCAACUGACUUCAAUAACGGAAACAAAGCGAAAAGAAUAAGCUCAUUUGUACGAAUAGGAAAAAACCCAGAACAGUUAGAUAAUGAAAUGAACAAGAGGUAUAGUUCUUUCGUUAGAAUCGGAAAAAGUGGCAACAGUCUGGAAAAUGAUUUGGCUAAAAGGUACAGUUCUUUUGUAAGAAUCGGUCGAAAUUAUCCGCAGUCAGAAAAUGAGUACAAUAAACGUUUAAGUUCAUUUAUAAGAGUAGGAAAGAACAAUCCCGGAACAGACAAUGAAUAUAACAAACGUUACAGCAGCUUUGUAAGAAUCGGAAAAGACAGUCCAUCCAUUAUUGAUAAUGCUGCCAAAAGGUAUAGUUCGUUCGUACGAAUAGGAAAGAACAGCGACGAUUUCGACCCUAGCUAUGACAAAAGGCUGAGCUCUUUCAUUCGUGUCGGAAAGGAAAUGAAUGGCAUGAGAAAUUAUCCAGAGGAUACGCAAUCAGGCGACAGCUACAAAGAUCAAACACGUAAAAUAGAAAAAAGAGCAGCAAGUACUGAACAAAUCAACAAAAAAGUAAACAUGUGAGUUUACUCUUCUGCGAUCACCAGAUGAUUCUCGCCAGAAUCCUGGAAAAUCCGGAUUAGACUCUUAAAAAACAGAAAUAUAAUUUAAGAAGUCAGAGAAAAACAUUAUUGCAAUCAUUUUUGUUUUGUUUUGAAAACGUUUAAGAAAAAACUUAGCAUGGCGUGUCAAGCAGAAUAUUAAAUGAGCCAUACUUCAGGAAAAUUUAAAGACAUUGGGUGUAAUGCCGUGGUUCUCACCAUGAACACUGUUUAACGUUGGUUUCGUAGAUACUUGCGUGCUAAAUGAUUUGCUGGCUUAAUCAUACCUGAAACAUAUCGACGGUUAUUCGAAUGCUUCACUUUGUAACUGUAAGAUGUAAUACUUGGUUUUCUUUGUUGACUCUUGUUUAUGUUUUUAUAACUUCUGAGAAACAAAACAUAUUUCAUUUUUUUAAAUCAAUGAUGCAAUUCCCUUUCUAUAAGACUAGUACAAAAUAUUGAAGUAGAUAUAUUUUUGUGAUCUUUUAUUAAAUUGUUACAAAGUUAAUUAAAAUAAAACAUCUGGCUUA